GAUGACUGAUGUUGGCUUAUGUACUCUCCGUUGGACAUUAUUGGAUGGAGCAUUUUUCAGGGAGAAGUAUGUAGUGGUGAUAUUAUGUGCUUGCUUCAUACAUUGAGCCUUUUGAGGUGCUUUGUGUUUAGCCUUUUUUAGGUUCUGUUGGGGUACUAAUUUGAUGGAGCAGUUUUGUUUUCCUUUGGGGGCACUUAAAUACUGAUUAAAUAUGAAUAGCAAGAUAGAUUUUUAGAGGGUACUAGCUGUCUAAAUAAAGAAGUCUACUGAACCUUUUUUCAUCUUUCAAACUGCAGCCAAUAGACACUUUUUUCUUACUUCCAGUUUCAUUUUUUUGGGGUCCAGAAUCCCCUUUCAAACAAGCUUUGCAGCCAGUCAAAGUACAUGUAGGAUAGGUCAGGGAAACAGGAAGCAUCUUAUUGGGGGAGGGGGUGGAAGCAGGAAACUUUUUUAACUGUUAUUGUAUUACGUGUAGUUUUCUCUGUUUUUGUUCUUUAUUCAGUUGCUGGUGUAUGAAAAAUGAAGUUGGAUUCCAUUGUGGCCCAAUAUCUGUAUCUGCACUCAAUUUGUUUUUCAAGAAGAUUCCUACAUGUAUGAUAUAGACAACAGAUGGGUGUCAUCAACAAAAUCAUCAACGAAUGAAAUAGUUAUAAAUUGUGGCGGAUCAUGACUUGAUUGUCUCGUGAGUGAUGCUUCAUCAAUGGAUGUGUACAGACAUGAAGUGACAUAUUGCAAGCUACCAUUUCAUGUUGAAAUAUAACAAAAGAUUCUGAUCGGAAUAAACUUCACAUCAAUUGAAGUACUGAUACCAUAAACUUUGAAGGAGAAAUCCGGGUUAAACAAGCACAAAUUGUCAGGGUAGGAUUAAACACUACUCAGAAUGGAGGUGAAGUCGGAACUGUCAGUCCAAGUCAGUCAUCACCGCUCCUUAUCCCGGCACCCUGCUUCACCGGUGAUCAGUCCUGUUGGUUGUAUAUCCCAGAAUGCCAAGCUUGGAGAGUUCUUCACUCACAGAGCUUCCCGUCAUGCCAACGAUGCAUUUGUAGCAAUGAACCGUAUGCGCCAACAAGCCACACUUUGUGACAUCGUCCUGAAAGUUGGAGAUAAAACAAUCAUGGCACACAAACUUGUAUUGGCAUCAUGUAGUGCUUACUUCCAUGCAAUGUUUACAAGUGAUAUGAGUGAAUCUCGUCAGUCAGAGGUUCACCUUCGUGACAUAGAAGCUCAGGCAGUGGAGCAACUAGUCCAGUUUGCAUACACAGCAGAAAUUAACAUUGGUGAAAAGAAUGUGCAGUCUCUCCUGCCAGCAGCUAGUCUUUUACAACUCCAUAGUGUCCGCGAUGCCUGCUGCAAGUUCCUCCUUGGUCAGCUGGAUCCAUCCAAUUGUCUUGGCAUCAGGAGGUUUGCUGAUAUGCAUGGAUGCUACGACUUGGAGCAAUCAUCUCAUCUCUAUUCAUUGCAGAACUUCAACCAUGUUGUCAAUACUGAGGAAUACCUACAUCUACCUGCUGAUGAGGUUAUGCAGCUCAUAUCCAGUGAGCAGUUGAACAUCACAUCAGAAGAAGAUGUCUUCAAUGCUGUGGUGCUAUGGGUGAGAGCAGACAUGCCAACAAGACAAAGAUACGUUGCUAAGUUGAUGGAGCGUGUCCGUCUUCCUCUUCUGACACGCGAUUUCUUGGUCAAUACUGUAGAGACUGAACCUAUCAUUCGUUCAAGUCCAGAAUGCAAGGAUCUCCUGAUUGAAGCCUUGAAAUAUCACUUACUACCUGAGCAACGAGCCGUGAUGCAAUCACCUCGUACCCAGGAGAGACAUAAUUCAGCCUGUGUUCCAAUGCUAUUUUGUGUUGGUGGAGGUAGUCUAUUUGCAAUCCAUAGCGAGUGUGAAUGUUACGAUCCCCGAAGUGACACAUGGCAUCCAUUGGCUCCUAUGAGUAGCAGGCGAGCCAGACUUGGUGUGGCUACCGUUGGCAGGCUUGUAUACGCUGUAGGAGGAUAUGAUGGUUCCAAUGACCUAGCCUUAGUGGAGAGCUAUAACCCACAAACAAACACAUGGAAGGAAAUCACACCAAUGGGUACUAAGCGUAGUUGUCUAGCAGUUGCUUCUCUGAAUGGUCUCUUGUAUGCCAUCGGUGGGUACGAUGGUGCAUCUUGUCUAAAUAGUGUUGAACGCUAUGAUCCACUGACUAAUACAUGGACAUCUGUGGCUGCCAUGGCAACCAGAAGACGAUAUGUGAAAGUUGCUGUCAUGGAUGGUUGUCUUUAUGCACUUGGAGGCUAUGAUGGAUCAUGUCAUCUAUCCAGUGUAGAGAGGUAUGAUCCACAGACAAAUUCCUGGGCUCAGAUGCCUCACAUGAUCAGUAGGAGGAGCUCUACGGCAGCAGCGGUGGUUGAAGGUGUCUUGUACGUUGUUGGUGGGAAUGAUGGAGCAGCAUGUCUGAGCAGCGCUGAGCGAUUCAACCCAGAUAUCAAUUUAUGGGAGCCUGUGCCUUCUAUGAGCAUAAGGAGGAGUACCCAUGAUGCCGUUGCCAUGGAUGGACAACUCUAUGUUGUUGGGGGCAAUGAUGGCAGCAGUAGUCUGAAUAGUGUGGAGCGUUAUGACCCUAAAUCUCAUCAUUGGAACACCAUCAAUACCAUGGUAACAAGACGAAGCAGUGUAGGUGUCACAGUCACUAAGGUUGUGUCUCACCUCGGAUUAAAUCAAGUCAAGUUCUGAUGAUGGUAGUUUACUUAGUUGGGAUUCAGUGCAAUAUUAAUAUCAGUCUGCAAGCAUAAAUCAAAAUGGUGAUGUGACAGUGCUUUACCUUAAUGCUGCCAAAUAUACUAUGUGGAACUUGUUACCAAUUCUGUAAGCAAUUCAGAGUUCUGUGAAACACUGUUCAAGAAGUCUCACUUUUGCUCAGUAGAAACUGUAGAAUUUGAUUGGUUACAGUAAAGUCUUCAUCAUUAGCACUAGUCCACUUGUCAUUCUUGUAAAUGGGAGAGUUCAGCAGGGUUUCAGUGAAAAACACAAACUUGAUGACUUUGUGAAGGUUGGCUUGGAGGCACCAAUCGCUGUUGGAUAUUUAAAAAACUAAUGAGAGUAAGACUGUGAAUGAGUGAAACAUGUAAUACUGUUGACGACCUGAGUAAACGAUGAUCAAUAAAUUUUCCAUGUUAGAACCCUUAAUGUCAACAUCUUGACUGAACAAUAUAAUAAACCAACCUUGAUGAUGGUGACCAAACAUUGACCAUGGAAGUUGACCUUGGUCAAAUUUAACUGUCAGUGUCAGCAUUAUAAUAUAUUUAAUAAUGGUGCUGUUUUAUUAGGCUAUAUACAUACCUGCCAACCUGUCGUACUCCUUCCUGAGGACAGGCAUCACCACAUAAUAAAUUAGAAUUGUAAAUGAAUCGAGCACUCAUUGAAAUACCUUUUAAUCUAUUGUGUGGUAUUGCUCAGGAAGGAGUACGAGAGGUUGGCAGGUCUGUAUAUACACGUACUGUCGGCCAAGGAAAGUUACCUCCCUGGAAGGGCUUAUUUCUUACGUGGAGGAAGAUUCUUACAUUUUCAAAGGAAUUCCAGCUUAUUGUUAUUUCUGUCUUGUGUUUAUGUUGUUGGGCUGCCAGAUAAAUUUUUUCUGCUUAAAUGAGAUCAUUAGUAAAUUAAAAAAGGUCAGUUUCAUAUGCUGUGUAAGUAAUGAAAGCACACUGUUAUGUCAUUAUGCAAUGAUACUGAGACUAAUUAACAAAAGCACUUGGCACGUACGUGCACAUGUAAUGAUACUCCCCAAGUAAUGGUUUCAGUUAGAGGCACCUGUUCAGAGUUAUACAUAGCCUUUCCUGUGUAAAAAGCCUACAAUAAUCUAACUCUAUUACAGUCUUUAUAGCCUACAAACUAACCUCUUAAGGGAUAUGGUUUAAAAGAAACUGGCCAUCAAUUUCCCAUAUAAUGGGGUAUCCACAGACCCCUGGUUGCUGUUACAGGCAUCAAGACUUUACCAUCGUGUGAUUCCCCACACUGAAUCAACUGUGCAAAAGAAAACCCAGUUAGUAUUUUAUUCCCUAUCAGUAUUGUUUGUUGGGAUCACAAUAAAGGUGCAAAGAGAUUGAACCAA